GAAGCUCCAGAAAGACCAAUCUGGAGACUUGCAUCUAAGUCUUUUGGGUUUGGGUUUUUUUCUUUUCUGGUAAAAUCUACAUACUUAAGGGAACAAUUGUCUAUGGAAACUAGUUUCCUAUCCAGUUUACAGUCUGGAAAAGCCUGAUCCUAGCUGCUGAAGUGACCCCAAAGACUGGAGAACAGGAGUCAGACUGUUUGGAGAGGUUGUCUGUGAUGAGUGAUUUCCAGAACCAGUGACAUGAUGGAGUCAUGGAACAAUCAAUGAAGAUUAACUGUCCAGAGGUUUUCAGAAAAGCUCUUAAUAUACUGCUGCAUGUUAGAAGUUGUCAGCACCCUUGGCAAGCACUAGAGAUGAACAUGAAGGAGUUGUACUUUUCUGGAUGUGAUUAAUUCUGGCACAGCACUUGUUCCCAUGGCUGAGCCCUGUGUGCACUGCUGUUCUUGUCAGGGUUUGGAGUCAGAUGGAAUCAAUGGAAACACCCAAAAUUAAUAACUGCAGGGAAGUGGGCCCAGCCUGGGACACUGCACACAGGAUGGAAGCCAAAGACUGCUUUACAGUGGGAUUUGAUCCCAGUAGAUCUGGAGUUCAAGCUGGUAUUUUAGGAGCAGAAUAUGACUGAACAGCUCAUUAACUACAGGUUUCAGUCCAGGGACUGUGCUGGCCAUUCACUACCAGGGUCAAAUGCUGACCAUGUCCAUGGAGUCUUGCAGCCUCUGAGGCUGCCUGAGCAUGAUCUUCAAUAGCAUCAGCAAACUGUGUGAGCUCCUCCCAGAGCAGAAGGGAUUUGCUUUCCUGCCAUGAAAAUGCAAGUGACCGAGGAUGGAGGAGGAAGUUGUGCAUUCUGUUCCAUUUCCCAGGAGUCUGACAUUGUCCUGCAGGCCAGUGUUGAGCACUUCAGUCCCAGGAACAAGUGGCAUCUCCAGCACUGCAAACAUGUUCCAGGCUGUGGCCCUGCUCAGGAUGCAACUCCAGGCAAACACAGCAGAAAUAGAAAGGAAAAUGAGACCAAAAUGGAUCCAGAUCAGUUUCUGAGCACCUGCUGGAAGUGUUGUUGUUCUGGACCCCAUGUCCUGGUGUAGCCCCGUUCAGCCUCACACUGACCCUUCAGAGCUUGCAUAGACUCAGGAGUCAAACAGAAAGCUGGGUGCAAAGUGGCCUAGGGCUGGAUAAAAACUAUUAUGGAGUCAUGGGUGUUCCAUCUGCAGAUGCAUUCCAAAUAUGCAAGGUAAGAUCCCUUAAAGCUCCAUGAAGCUGAAGAGAGACAUUUUUUUACUUUAUAGUCAAACUUUUUUUGACUUCGUAGUCAAACUUUUAUAAUGUAAUUGAAGUAGAAGAGCUGACUUGGGAUGGUAAGAACAGCAUCUUGAUGCUAUUUAUCUUCAUUCAGAAUCUCAUGUUUUAAAGCUCACAUGUCUUUAACCUCAGAUGACAGGAAACUCAGCAGAUUUUCAGAAGAAGAGGAGAAGCUCAAUACAGGUGUUCUUAAUAACUGAGGGAUCCUUUGGGAAUCAUCAACUUUGAAUGUCAAACAGAACUUCCUCUGAAUUAAGCAGGUUGUUUGGGUUUUUUGGUCUGGUCUGCUUCAGAACUGUCUCAUUCUCUCAACAGCCUCUGUCAAGAUUAUGCUCAGCCUUGCAAGCUGUGUUUUUCCUGUGCCACUGUUCCUAGUGUGUCCUACUGUAGAAAUUCCCUUCUCCCUCACAAGAAGCUGAUGCUUUUACCUUGUUCUUAAUAUACCAAGCAGUCACACGACACUUGAAGAUUAUAUCACUAAUGAGGCUUGACUAUUUCAGGAUAGAAAACAAAACAGAGAACAACUGUUCAUGUGCACAGUCCUUUUGGCAGGCUGACAAGUCAAGAGAAAUAAAGAACUUCAGCUCUGCUCCGUCCUUCUGAUUGUGCAGAAGCAUGGAUGCAUGGUAGGAUACACAGAGAAGGGAUAAAUCACUAUUAAUUCACAAGAAAAUAAUUCUGCAUAGGACAGCUUCCAUUUUAUAUAUUUCUAAGAGCUCUAAUUAUGCUCACUGUAUGAGCACCUAUUAGAAAUCGUGCUUCAUGAUGCCUGCUCUGAGGUUUUUUUAAGGCAAGGUUAUUCCUAGAGUUUUGUUCUUCAAAAGUCUUUAAUCCUGUCUCUAAUUGUCUCAAUGAAAAGUGUGAAACACUCUGUGAACUCCUGGUUUUAGAAUAAAAGCACUCUGAUGGUCUGACAUCAAAGAGAAUCAGUGAGGUAGCUGUGCAUUCCUACUCAGUGCUUUAACCAUUUAUUCUUUUGCAAGUGUCUGGGAGCUGUCACCCUGCUAUGUUGUGAUGAAAAUAAUUGGGUAUACUUCUCACUUCUGUUAUUCCCAUAUGAUAUUGCUGCUGGUGAAGAAUACUCAAAAGUGAUGGCUCCAAAGGAAAGUUUGAAGCUUCAAAAGCCAAGUGCUCUCCUGUGCUGAGCUGCUUCCUUCUCAAAGGAAAUCUGCAGAGUUUCACUCGAUAUUCAAGAAUGCACAGCCAUAAGACCACUCCCCCAAAAUAAUGGUCUGCAAAAAGAAGGUACAUUCAAGGAUCCAAACAGUGAGGAGCUCUCUAUGCAAAUGUGGAACCACAACCAAGUAAUUCUGGAGAAAGAUGUAGAGAUAAGCAGAUAAAGAAAUUACAAACUCAGCUAAGAAAAACAUUUAAUAGUUUGUGAAUACUAAGCCACCUGCCCUUAUUAUUUUUUAUUUGUUGCUUAAUGCAGAAUACUAAACCACCUGCCCUUAUUAUUUUUAUUUGUUGCUUAAUGCAGAUAUUUACAAUAGUCCUGUAAAUUCUGUUCUUCAUAUAAACAUAAUGGGCUUGGCAGAAUUUAGUGAAAUUUCUGCUACGUGGAAGAACUAUGUUUGAGCAAGAUGGUGUCUUGACCUGGUGAGAACCUAGGGGUGGGGAAAUUGCUGACAAUCCUGUCUGCUUCAUACUUCUGCUUUUGCAGGCAAGCAACCUCCAGGGAAGUUCAACAGCUGUACAACAAACCAGACAUUUUUGUGGGUCACAAGGUUAUGAGUUGAGCGCUGAAUGCCGUGUGUUGACAGCGUAGAGAUCCCAUGGCUGCCUCUUGGCCAAAACAGCAAAUGUCAGCCUGGAAAUUUCUGCUUCUUAUUUAAAAAAACCUGACAGAUCUCUAAUUCCAAAUCUCUUUUUAAUGAUGUUGGCUCUACAAUGUUUUUUCAAAUCAUGUAUGACAAGUAGCACUGCACUGAACUGAUUGUUCAUUAUAUUUUUACAGACACUAAAUUUAUCCUAGCUCUUGAAUAGGAAAGAUACAAGGCAUUAACUGACAGCCUAUAACUUCUCUAUCUGAUGCCAUCACAUAAUAGCUUCAGAAUGGAAUCCUGGGAACAAAACCCCUCCUGACACUGCUGCACUCUCUGAUUGAGAGCUCGAACUUUUGCAGAUGGAAACAUCUAACAGUCUUAGUAAGAAAAUUUUCUGCAAGCAAAAUUGCUGAAAUGUCUCUUCCUCAGGGUUAAAUUUUAUGUUACCAAUGUUACAGAGCCACCUAGCACACAAUGUAGUUUCUGUGUCCACACAAUGGUACCUUGGCCAGCUGGGCAGUGCCAGCUCUGUUGCAGGAGAGGCAGUCACUGCAGUAAAACAGGUCUCAAGCAGCCCUCCCUCUCCUAGGUCACUGAAAACUGGAUCCACUGACUGAAAAAAGGGGAAAAACCUUACAGUCAAAACCCAGUGCCUGCAGCUUGCUGAUUCCUGAGUUGUUCAUUUGCACUGUGCCACAGCCCAAGGCCAGGCAAAGAGCAAAUGGCUCACCCCCAGGGCAGCCCCUGUAAAUAGGGGUGGGAGACUGAGGUAGGCAAUCACCAGGAUUGUGCAAGGCAGAGAUAAGAGAGGAACCCCUUACCUAAACAAAGCAUAAAAUAACUGCUUUUAGUAGAAAUGCAGAGGAUAUACCUUUUUCUUUUGGCAGCCUUGUCCUCAUGCUAAAAAUCCAGCCGGUUUCUGUUUCACUUGUUUCUCCAGCUCUCUGUUGUGCUGGCUGCCAGGCAAGCCAAGCUUCCCUGUGUACUGCUGUGGCAGAGGUGUGGGAAGUGAAGAGUUCUCUUGCUGAGAUGAGUGUUUGUGCUGGGGCCUUGCAGCCUUUGCAGGUUGAUGCAGACACGAUGGUUUGGAGGGACUUUUGUGGGCUGACAAGGAGAGCUGUCAGGAGGGUGGAACCUCACUAAGAGCAUUCUGGCCCUGAGUAGUCUGUGCGUAAAUACGGGUUUUCUAGGACUUUAAUUCAACAGGGCUGUCCUCUGCUGUCAUGGUUUGGGAUUUUGGGCUGAUGACCCAAGAGUUGUCACCUCCUAGACCACAUCUGUAAAAAGGACUUCCUGCUGCCUCACCAGGUUCCCCUCUCUGCCAUUUCCUGCAUUGGGUCAAUCAUGGCUCAAAGCAUAUUUUAAGGAGGAAAAAUGAAUUACCUGAGACAUCUGCCUCAGGAAAAGGACUUUCCAAACUAGCUACCUCCCAAAUAUAAGUUUCAGGGCAUCUUUCAAAGCCUAAUUCUGAUCUCUGCUGAGAAAUCUCAAGCUGUAUAAGCUUUGGGACCUGAAGACUGCCAUUAAAUCCACACAAUGUGAUUCUCCACAUGGAAUUGUCUAUCCUUCUAGAAGUGUGGAUUGCAAAUCCUGUUUUGGGGUUUGCUUUUUUUCUUUCCAGCUCCGUAAGAUUUAUUCAAUUUUUGUGAGAAAUUUGGUGCAUUUUGCUUUUUUUUAAUCUAAGCUGUUGCUGGUGCUAAUUGUCAUCAAUUGCCUUGGAAAGUGAUGUUAUUGCUGGGAAAACCUGCCACCAUUUUGUCAAAGUGUAAACAGGCACUUGGGCUCUUCUAGAAUAAAGGAUUGGAGCACCCUGGAAAAUUAUGGAUGUAAAUAGUUUUUAGCUCCUGGCUGGCAAAACCAACAGAGAUUUGUGUGAGGUUGAAUUCCUGCCAGGAGUGAACUUAUCUGAAGGCUUACAUUUUGUUUUCAAGUUUUCUUUUAUUUUGAGCUUUGUCUUGUUACCUUCAAGGGUGACACCAGCAAUGCCAACUUCCCUAGUAUUGUAUAAUUAACACACUACAGAAAAUCAGCAGAAGAAAAUCCUUACAGGGUAUUAAGAACUGUCUGGAUUCCAUGGAAUUGGAUAAGAAAUAUAAACCAGGAUUCAAGUUUGUUGUACUAGUUAGCUAAAUACCUUCCUUCUUUUAUUUUAAUAAGCACCAUUGCUCCAAACUUUGAUGGGAGCCUAAUGGAGGAAGCACAAAGAAGAAUAUAGAAAAAUGGUGCUUCUUAACCUCUGCUUUUUAUCCUAAUUACAAUGUUCCUACAGUAAUAGUCUAAUGAUUAUACUCUAUAUGGUACUUUAUCAAAUGAAACCUGACAGGGGAAGCUGCUCUCUGUGGGAAAUCUUUUCUGAAGAUUAAAAUAAAGAGAAAUAAUUGAGGUGAAUAGCAGAAUUCAUCCUGGAUUAGAUUUUUCUCUUUUUACCCAAAUCUGUCAACCAAAUGGUGUUUCCUGAGGCUUCUCUUUUUUUGACUGGUAGAACUGGGAAAAUUAAGAAAAAUUAAGGCCACUUGCCUUUAAUAUGUAGCUUAUGUACUAUAAGUUUGUCACAAGUCUGUGGUAGUUUAAUUUGGGGGGGGUUUCACUUAAAGAGAAUACAUGGGUGUGAUUGCCUCACAUUUGACACUCAUAUUACAAACAAGGGCAAUCACUGUGGUGCAGCCUGUCAGAGUUUUUACCUUAUGAUGUUUCUAUCUGUUACUGCUGUUCUGCUCAGAGAGGGCAGCAAAGGAUUGCAGAUCUUUUGGAAUCCAAAAGGAGCUCAGCUCUGAGAUGUAUUACUGAGGAAAAAUGUGUCUUUUUAAUAUACAAAGGAGAAAUAGGAGAGGCGUUCAGAUCAUUGGUGCUCAAAGAUACUUGAGCUUUUUGUCCUUUAAGGUGUGGGUGUAUGCAAUUAGUGGAGAUUCUGAUAAGAGAAGCACUUAAUCACUUUGAGCUUAGGCAUUUCCUGAUAGGUGUGGAGUCCCUGCAGAAACACAAUGAGCUGCUGAGGAUUCAUCCUCAACUGGAAUGUUGUAUGAUUCAUUUGGCAUGAACAUAAAGGCUGUACAUUUCAACAUAUAAUGAACAAAACACUGAAAUUAUUUGUAGCACGGUGAGAUUAAUGACUGUUGUGAUAUUAGGUAUUUUCAUUAGACCUCAAGACUUUCAGACUGUUUUAAGUUUGGUUGUUUCUUUUCAAUAUGCACAGAUACCAUCAGGGGCUAAAUGCUAUGAUUCAGACACUAUCCCUUUUGCCUGAAGACAGGAGUGUGUUUCCCAGGUAACACCUCAAAAUUAUGCAAAUGGAGAAAUUUAUUAAAUUACUGAUUUGUCAUGGAUAAGUGGACUUAGAAAUGAUUCUUUUUCAUCCUUUCAAUGCUUUGGCUUUCACUGCUAGGAGUAAGAAGUUCAGUUAGCACAGAAAAACCUGCAAAGACAAUUUAUUCCUGCCCAGAAGUUCAGUGCAGUGCUCCUGCAGCCAGUGUCUUCCCAGCUAGAGAUGGUCCCAAAGGUGCAAAGGGUGAGCAGGUACAGAGUCAUGACCACGUAGCAAUACUGAGAAGAAUUGAGAGACCUGUAGAGUUUCCCUGGAAAAGUGAGGCAUUCAGGAAUAAAAGGAACUUUAGAACUACAAGGAGAGAGUGGAAUAAAGUCCCACUUAUAGUAACUGAUGACUUGCAGAGACAAGUAACUGCUUUGGAAACAGAAGCACAGAUUUUGGAGGCUGAAUUCAAUAGACACAAAAAAGAGAGGACUGUGCUUCAUUCAAAUGGCAUCUGUACAAACCACAAACUGGUUUGCAGAGCUGCAGCUAAAAUGGAAAAAGGGAUGUAUUUAUGGGACUUCCUAAGCCUGUUAAGUAGAUCUUUUAUUUAUGCAUCAAAAACUAGUGGAGCAAAUAUUAUCUUGAAGCCUCUGAGUGUUCUCUAUGGGCUGUUAUUUUCUACUACAUGGUCUUUAGCUUCAAGCUGCAAUUGCCUCCCUCUGAAGAAUCUCAUCUUAUCUUACAGUCCUUCAGGUUUCACAGCUGCACAGCGCACCCACUCUGCUGUAAACAACCCACAAGAAAUCAUGUUGUCUUACUCAUCCUACACCCUCAUAGCACUGGCUGCUUUGUUAGUGACUUGCCAUGCAUCGAGUAAAUGCCCAGAAAUUUCUGGGCUGCCUGGUAUCCCUGGAAGGAAUGGUCUGAAAGGUCUGCCUGAUUCUCUGGCCAGCAAAUUUGCUUUAGCAAAUUUGAAGCACCGACUUUUCCAACUUGAGGCUGCACUUGCUUUGAAUGGGAAAAUAAGAAAAGUAGGAGAGAAAAUACUUGCUAGCAAUGGGAAGAAAGCUGACUUUGUAUCUGCACUACAAUCCUGUGAAGAGGUUGGAGGAACUCUUGCAGCCCCCAAGAAUGAUGAGGAGAAUAAAGCUAUUAUGGACAUUGUGAAGCAGUAUAACCAAUAUGCUUACCUGGGCAUUAGAAAGGGGGAGACCUCAGGUCAGGUUAAGUAUUUAAAUGGCAUGCCUCUGAGUUAUAGCAACUGGCACCAGCAUGAGCCCAAUGGCAAAGGGACAGAGAAAUGUGUGGAGAUGUACACUGAUGGCACCUGGAAUGACAAAAAAUGCAAUAUGUACCGUCUCACAAUCUGUGAAUUUUAGAGAAUGGCCUUUCAGCCACCUCAGAGAAUGGAGAAAAUGAAGUAUCUGUGUUUCAGGUUGAUUAAAUUCCUGCAAUUUCUCUGUAUCCUAAAAUAUAAGAUGAAUCAUAUUGUGAUGUUUUUUAGCCUUAGGAAAAUGCCAAAUUUUCUAGGUGAUUAACAUGAUUAAAAUGUGCCUGAACUGA